GGUCCAGUACCAUGGUACUGGACCACCGUCCAGUGCGGAGUACAACCUUCUUUUCCCCCAUUCUCACCAUCUUACGCCCAGCCUUUGACCAGUCGCUACCCGAAUUUUCUCUCACCGCAACUGGCCUUUUUACAAUGCCGCCGCUUGAAAUUUGCCCGUGUCAAGUCAGCCUAAGCCUCGUUAUCGCUGGUCCUGUCUGUGUCCUCAUCCCCGAGUCGCCCCCCUCCGCCACUCAACCUACCCUUGCAUCUCCACAUCGCCGCCUGCUCUUAUCUACCCUGCCGCUACUCGCAAGGUACAGCCCACUUCCUUCCCUCCAGUGCUAUCAUUCCCCUCCUUCCCUCCCUCCCUCCUUGCCUCCUUGCCUCCUUGCCUCCUUGCCUCCUUCCCUCCUUCCCUCCUUCCCUCCUUCCCUCCUUCCUUCCCUCCUUCCCUCCUUCCCUCCUUCCCUCCUUCCCUCCUUCCCUCCUUCCCUCCUUCCCUCCUUCCCUCCUUCCCUCCUUCCCUCCUACCCUCCUACCCUCCGUCAACCAUCCAGAGCUAUCAAAUAACUCGCUGACCCACCUGCCUCCCCCCCAUCCGACUCCACCCAACCUCACUAACAAAGACGCCCAUCUCACUCGUGCCCUACUGCAAUGCAAUAGCAUGGAGUGCCGCCUCUCCUCGCAUUCCCCAAUCUCCUGUCGCAUGCCUACCUUAACCCUCGAAUAUCACCACCGAGAACCCCCAUCGACCUCGUCGACGCCACUGCUCUACACCGACGCCCAUCCGCCUUGCAACGGCGCCGCCGCCAAAGACUCUCCGCCUGCGCCCUUCCCCCCGCCAAGUCUCCUCGACGAAAGCGAAAUACACACUCCCACGAACCCUCACGCGAGCAUUGCCCCCCAUAAACACCUCCUGCGACCACCCUCACCACCCGCCUGUCUCCCGGUGGAGGCGGGAGGGCAAACAACACCGACGCCGCCACCAAAACCGUGGCCAUGACGGCGUUCUGGACGGCGCCGCCACCGGCGCGCACCUUCAACGACGACAAGGCCACGCUGAUUGUGUGCUGGUGGUGCACCAUAUUCGCCAUAACCAUCAUCGUUUUCCGCGUUACGGGGCGCUAUCUCAGGACUGAGAAGCUGUUCCCCGAGGAUAUCAUCGCCUUCCUGUGCAUUAUACCCAUACUGGCAAGGAUGGCCAUGGUCCAUGUUGUGUUGCUCUGGGGCACGAAUAAUGUGAUCACGGAUGGCUUGAGCCAACAAAAUAUUUCACAUAGGGAGAUAGGCAGCCGCUUGGUGCUAGGGAGUAGGAUAUUUUAUGCUGCUUCCCUGUGGAUGCUCAAACUCUCUAUUGCUGAAUUCCUGAAGCGCUUCACACAAAACAUCUGGCGCUCAACACACGAGCUCGUCUUACGGCUCAUGUACUACUACCUCGGCGCAACCAUGAUUGCCGUCCUGAUCGCCGACCUCGCCGAGUGCCACCCCGUCACGCACUACUGGCAAGUCGUCCCCGACCCCGGCCCCGAAUGCCGACAAGGCUACGCCCAACUCAUCACCAUGGCCGUAGCCAACGUCACCACCGACCUCCUCCUCGUCAUCUUCCCCAUCCCCCUCAUCUUCAACUCCCACAUGCCACUCCCGCGCAAAACAAUGCUCACCAUCCUCUUCGGCCUCUCCCUUAUCCCCAUCGGCAUCACCCUCUGCCGCGCCCACUACGUCAUCCAUCACCAGGGCGCUCAACACCAUCGCUCCCUCUGGGCCAGCAUCGAGAUCCUCUUCGCCACCGCCGUCGCCAACGCCCUCGUCAUCGGCUCCUUCGUCCGCGACAAGGGCGUCAAGAAACACAAGUACAAACUCGGCUCCUCAGGUUCCAUGGAGCGCACCCUCUCCUCCCGCCGCGGCCGCGGCUACGGCCCCGGCGCAGUGGCAUACUGGGGCAGCGACGAGGAGCUCGUCCGCGGCCUCGGCAUCGGCGUCGACGCCGACCUGCGCCCUGAUAGCGGCGCAUCUAUCGCGCGUCCCGCGCCAGUCGCAGAGCCCGGCGCAGGCGUGGACAGGAAUUGGCGCUUCCCCUCGCAGCGACGCAGCGACGUGUCGGACGUUGAGACGGUGCGCGACUCUACGACGCGCCAAGAGUACAACUUCUUCGAUGUCGGCGGCCUGCUUGGUCCGGAAUCGCCGCCGCCGGCUAAUAAACGCAUAGGCCCUUCGCGGAGGGGGAGCUUAGCGGGCCCGACGCCGUCGUGGAGGGGGUCGACGAUGGUGCCGCCGAGGUGGCGGAGCGCUUCGCCGUUUGAUAACUUUCCGGCCCCUGUGGCGGCUCCGCGGGAUGACUCGGCGGAUACGGGGGGCACGGCGGUGUUUUUGCAGGAUGUGGGGGGGUUGAUGGAGGAUGCGCCGCGGACGGCAUCGCAGGUGGCGCAGGCGGGGUUGGCGAGGAGGGCGAGCGAGGGGGUGUUGUUGAGGGGAUGGAGUUUUAGGAGGAGGGAGGAGAAGGGGGUGGAGAUGCAAAGCCUUGGUGGCAGAGAUGGUGAAGGGAGGGGGACUGCGGUGUUGGGGGUGCAAAUGGCAUCUGCACCGUCAAGUCCUCAGAAUGGUGGGGCUAAUAACAGUAGUCCCAAUGCGGAGGCUGGGAGAGGGAUACGGAGGAGUAGGGAGGAUGGGAUGGACCUUAAUGACGUGGGUGGGCUGCUUUUUGUGAUUUGAUGUUAUGAUUGGCGUUUUAGGAGCGGGGGGGUGCAUAACCUCCUGGCGGUUUUGGGUGAGGAGGUGGCGGAUAAGUAUACCCUGCAUGUAUGGAUGCAUAUAUAGCGAUUAUGAUGGACGGGGGAAAGAAGGGGAGGGGGUAAAUAAGUAAAUAGGGGUAAAUAAGUAAAUAGUGGUAAAUAAGUAAAUAGGGGUAAAUAAGUAAAUAGGGGUAA